AACAAACAAGAAUAAAUACAAAAUCCAACUCCAACAACACCUGAUUGAAAUUUCAAACCACAACACAACCCAACCCAUUUCCUCUUCAUCAUGAUUUUCUUACCGUUGACGAUUGUACCCUUACUCUUCUACCAACACUUUUAGCCUACUCCACUUCACAAUGGAUCAUCAUCAUCAUCAUCAUACCCGCUUCGUCGGCGAAUACAUACUAGGUCGGAAAAUCGGGUCGGGUUCUUUCGCGGACGUUUGGCUAUCGCGACACCGUAGCUCAGGUGUAGAAGUUGCAGUAAAAGAAAUUAAUAAAAAAUCACUGAGUUCAAAAGUGAGUCAAAAUUUGCUUAAAGAAAUUUCAAUUCUCAGUAAAAUCAAUCAUCCGAACAUCGUCCGCCUUUUCGAAUCUCUUGAGAGUGAGGAUAAGAUAUACCUAGUGUUGGAGUACUGUGGUGGAGGUGAUCUGGCUGCUUAUAUUCAGCGUCGCGGAAAAAUUUCUCAGGCUGUCGCUAAACACUUUAUGAGGCAGUUAGCUGCUGGAUUGCAAGUGCUUCAGGAAAAUCAUCUGAUUCACAGGGACUUAAAACCACAGAACCUGCUUUUGUCAUCAAAUGAUGAAACUCCAAGACUUAAAAUAGGCGAUUUUGGUUUUGCAAGGUCCUUGACGCCCCAAGACUUGGCUGAUACACUAUGUGGUUCACCAUUAUACAUGGCUCCAGAGAUUAUCCAGAAUCAGAAGUAUGAUGCGAAGGCUGAUCUAUGGAGUGUCGGAGCUAUUUUGUUUCAGUUAGUGACGGGGAAACCACCAUUUGGUGGCAAUAGUCAAUACCAGCUUUUUCAAAAUAUUCUUACCUCGACUGAACUGCGAUUUCCUCAAGGUGCUUUAGAGGAGCUACAUCAAGAUUGUGUAGAUUUGUGCAGAAAACUUUUACGCCAAAAUCCAGUUGAGCGUCUAACAUUCAAUGAGUUCUUCAAUCACGAGUUCUUAGGGGAGCCAAGGUUAGAGGUGGAUUUUGAGCAGGCUUCUUUGCCUCGAGAAAUAAAUUCAGUGGUUGAUCAGUUUCAUUCUUCUGGUUUUGAUAAGAGGUCUCAGCUGCAUUUGGAGCAUCCCAUUCACGUAACUAGCAGAAAUGCUACUUUAUCUAGUUCAUCUGCGCAUGACAACAUAGUCCAUGGAAGAAGAGAUGGCAGCACAUCUGGCACCAAAAGUGUUCAUGGUUUCUUUCCAAAUAUUGCUCAUAAAUCUGUUGAUGGAAGCCAAUGUUUAUCGGUGCAGCCUAGAGUUGCUGAUUCAGUGGAGUCCAUUGAGAAAGAUUAUGUUCGUGUUAACCAGCAUUUUGCUUCAAUUGAUAAUUUCUCCUACUACUCUGAGACAUCUGGGCAAGGUAACUCCACCACUAGAGUUUUCAUUUGCCUGCCAAAGAAGAGCAACCAAGAUGUAGCAGUUGCUUCACAAAUAAACAUGUGUGCUGUGAGUUCUUUUGAUUGUGCAGAAAAUCCUGUAAUUCAUGGUUCAGAUCUGUUAACUGCAUCACAUGCAUCAACCACAGUAACGGAAGUGCAGGAACCAUACAUUUUGCCUCCUGCAGCCAGGCUCCACUUGUUAAAUCAGUAUGUACAGGCUGUUGCAGAGCUAGCCCAGGAAAAGCAUAGUGCAGGACUGUUUGUAGAGUCAUUUUCUGUUGAACUAGUUGUUUUAGCCAUAUGGAAGAAAGCUCUUCAGAUUUCCAGCUCCUGGUUGGCCUCAACAGCAGAAUGUGAAUUACCCGAAAGCAGUUUGGCUGACGAGUCUAAUCAUGUACGCAGUGACAUAUCAGAUGAAAUGAAUCUAGGCAGGCCUUCAUCAGCCUGCAAGUGGGCGGAGCAAGAAUUUGUUGCUGCAUGUGAUCGUGCAGAAAAGUUAUCAUAUCACAUUGCGCAAAUGGAUGCUGCCGCUGAGAUGCCUGACGCCAUGGAAAUAAUAUUCCAAAAGGCUAUUGAUUUUGGGACUAGUGGUGCCGUAGAUGAGUAUAUGGAGAAUAAGGGUAGUGCUGCAAUCUCUUACUCUAAAGCAACGCUUCUUCUUUCUUUUGUUGCGGAAGAAGCAGAAUUGCUGCCUCUGAACCCUCCAUUUUUAUUAACCGAUGCCAAUAAGAAAAGAAUACAGAAUUACAUAAUGAAUUUGCAAUCUCGCAAGUCUCACUUCUGAUUUAGCAGCCUGUGUUACUAUACAUACAGCCUCCUGACUCCCAUUCCAAAGUCUACAUAUAAAGGUGUACAUCUAUUUUUAGUUUCCGAUAAUGACUGAGAAUUACGGUACGAUUUUGGCAUGCAAUUUUGAACUUUGCAUGUUGAAAAUGGAUAUACAGCAGUCAUCUUCUGAAAUGUAAAGGAGUAUCAAUGACAAUUAUUGGAUUAAUGGAAUUGUAUAUUAUACUUUUGGCAUCCAAAUUAAGAUGAUAUUUUUGGAUGAUUUUUAUUCUUAUUUGUAAAUGGGUUAUCAAAAUUGUAAAUGUAACUUCUACAGCUGUUUUUCUUUGUUA